AUGUCUACAAUCCCAUUGCAUUCUCAUCCAUCAGAAAGCCUUGAAGGUUUCCAAACAUACGCUGCUAUGUGGUCCACUAUACCACGUCAUCUACGGCGGCAUUUAUUUCGAAUUGGCAUCGCUAUGUUGUUAUUUGGUUUUCUAAGUGUUAUUUUUGGUAUUGUUGGAUAUUUCUUACCUGCUUAUCUGCUGAAUGUGAAUAUUGUCAUUGGCGCAGAUAUAUGGAUGGGAGUAUUUUAUAUGAUUCCUGGUACUUUUGCGAUAGCAUCCGAAAUACGUCGAAACGUUCGAGCUCUGCAUUCUGAUUUUUCUAAUGUCUAUCGCUCACUUCGUACUAUGCAUAUUGGGCAUUCUCAGUCCUACAUUUUGGCACAGCUUGGUGUCAUUAUUGAUAGCAUUUUCGAUGUUUGUUUUAUCUUUGACGACGAUGAUAAUACUAUCUGCGAGCAUCUAUUGCAGUUGUUGUCGAUGUGCAUCUUGUACGGCUACCGAAUUGGGAAAGACAAUGCUAACGAUGGGGAUUAUUCGAAUAUUGCUCGCAGUCAAUCUGGAAAUACAAAUGAUUUCGGUGCUUCCACUCGAGGAAUUGACCUAAUGAAGAAAAAGCCUGAAUUUAAAGGCGCAUUGGAUGUAAAUCCUACUGUGACUUUACCACAACUUUCAGAGAAAAAUAGUAAAAACUAUAUCAAAAAUAUCAACGAUUACAAUAAUUGGAUUCCUCAAGCUAGACAACCAAUAUUAUUACGUAGAGAACAUGAUAAAAUGUACGCGUUGGUUCCUCAAAUUGUCUUAACCACUGAUUCUAUAGAUAUAGGAAAUAUACUGAAAUCAGGGAAUUAUACUAGAUCGAAAUAUGAUAUACAACUACAACAACAGCAACUAAAUAGAAUUACAGCAGUAAACGUACCGCAGUCACAGCAAUUAAGGAGACCAGAAUUACAAGCUCAACAGAUACAACAACCCUUGAUGCAAGGACAACAGGAACAAUUAGAACAACAACAAAAGCUUAUUAAGGAGCAGCAACAACUCAUUGGCAUGUUACAGAAGCAGCAGGAGGAAAUAAAACAACAGCAAUCACAAAUAUUGCAACAAGGAUCGCAGGUACCAUCCCCGCAAAUACAGUCUCCUCAGCAGGAAUUUCAAUAA